UGUGGUCGCAUCAUGUCGGGAAUAGUAUUGUAUGGAAUGGAUAUCAGUCCGCCAGUCCGAGCUUGUAAACUGACCUUGAGAGCCCUGAACCUGGACUAUGAUUACAAGGAAGUGGAUCUCCUGGCCGGAGAACAUUUAAAUGAAGAGUUCCUUAAGAAAAACCCCCAACACACGGUGCCGCUUCUGGAUGAUAAUGGAGCCUUCAUCUGGGAUUCACAUGCCAUCGUUUGCUACCUGGUGGACAAGUACGCCACAUCGGAUGAGCUCUAUCCCAGGGAUCUGGUGAAGCGGGCUCAGGUAGAUCAGCGCUUGUUCUUCGAUGCCAGUAUACUGUUCAUGUCCCUGCGGAAUGUCAGUAUACCCUAUUUUAUUAACCAAGUAAGCGAGGUGCCCAAAGAGAAGGUGAACAAUAUCAAGGAUGCCUACGGCCAUCUGGAGACCUUUCUGGGCGAUAAUCCCUAUCUAACUGGGUCCAUCCUAACCGUGGCUGACAUCUGCUGUGGAGCAACUGCAUCCUCAUUGGCCGCUGUACUCGAACUGGAUCAAGAAAAGUAUCCCAAAGUGGCUGGUUGGCUAGACCGCCUAUCCAGCUUGCCCCAUUACGAAGAGGACAAUCUUUGGGGCUUGGAAAAAUACAUAACUAUGCUUAGACCUGGUUUAAUAUUACAGCAAUAGUAUUGGUUUACUUUUUAAAUAAAUGACAAAAAAUUUUUAAAUAUCAUCUCUUUAUGCUGGGAAUGUUAUCCACACUAAAAAAUAUAUUAGGAUAAUUUUUUUUA